AUGGAGACCGAGUUUUUCAUCGAGUAUGAUGAAGCAAAUUGGUAUCAAAUUCAAGAAGUAAUAGGAAAAGGAAGCUAUGGGAUGGUCUGCUCAGCGAUUGACACACAUACCGGAGAAAAAGUUGCCAUAAAAAAGAUCAACAACAUUUUCCAACAUGUGUCGGAUGCAACUCGCAUCUUGUGGGAGAUCAAACUCUUGAGGCUUCUACGCCAUCCCAAGCUUGUUGAGGUCAAACACAUUAUGGUGCCUUUGUCCUGCCGGGAGUUCAAAGAUAUUUAUGUGAUGUUUGAACUGAUGAAGUCCGAUCUUCAUCAGGUCGUCAAAACUAAUGAUGGUUUGACUCGAGAGCACUAUCAGUUUCUGAAAAUAUGUGAUUUUGAUCUUGCUCACGUCGCCUUCAACGACGCACCAACAACCAUAUUUUGGACGGAUUUUGUAGCCACUAGAUGGUAUCAAACCCCUGAACUUUGUGGCAUAGGGUAUAUAUUCGUGGACGUAUUGACUGGAAGGCCGUUUUUUCCGAGAAAGAACGUUGUUCACCAGCUCGACCUCAUGACAAACAUGUUGGGCAGUACUUCAUCCGAGGCAAUACAAUGGGCACGUAAUGAAAAAGCCAAAAGGUAUUUGACAAAAAUGAGGAAGAAACAAUCACUUCCAUUCUCCUAUUCUCUUGAUCUUCGUUUUUGCCCCAAAGAUAGGCAUACUGUUGAGCAAGCUCCAGCUGAUUCAUAUAUCAAGGGAUUUGCAAAUGUGGAGCAAGAAACAUCUGCAAAGUCUAUUACAAAGAUGGAGUUUGGAUUUGAAAGAAGACAAAUUAACAAGGAUGAUGUGAGGGAACUCAUAUACAGAGAGGAGCAAGAAGAGACAUAG